ACUUUGUGGAAUGUGAGCGUGGCAACAGCGUCCCAGCAGGAAUCCUGCCCCCAGGGGCACAGACCCCGCUCUGCUCCUUCACCUCUGAGCACUCUGUGGGCUUUGGGAGCUGGAUCCCAGUGCUGGGAAGCAGCAUUGGGAUGGAUCCCAGCGUUUCCUUGUGUUUUCUCCUCUGGAAUCCAUCCUUUUCCUUCUUUGUGUCCCCAGGUGCUGCCCAAUGAAGGCUGAGAGGGGGAUAUUUGGGAAUUGCGAAUGCCCGGGUGCUCUGCAUAAUGCAGCGGGAGCAGGGACAUGGAAAUGGGGAUUUAACCGGGAUAUAGCCCAUUAUCUCCCAGCUUUAUGCUCCUUCCCAAGGGAACACCAGGAAACCCCCCCGGGGGAUAUUGAGAACCUGGGUUUAUACAUCCUCAAAUGGUUGUUUCCACUGUAUCAUUCCCAAUCCUUCUUCCAGCACCAGGAAAGGGCUCAUCCAAGAGGGAAAAGCUGCUUCGUGCCGGCGCCUCGCUCCGACCCGGCCCGUGUUUGCUGGAAGGAGCUUUGGGGAAGGGAUUGUCUGGGAUUGAGGGGAUAAAACUCCAGCCCCAGGUUGCGAUUCCCUGCUCCUGGAUGUGGGAUUCCAACGGGGAAUGAUUCAUGGUCUGUUUUGGGGGAGAAAAGUUUUCUUGGAGCAGGAAGGAUGGAGGCACCUAUUGGAGCAGGCGCAUGUGUGAACUGGGAUUUGCUGCUAGAACUCCCCGUGUCCUGUGGCAGGUAGAAUAAAUCCCGGUAUUCCCAGUGGAACCAUCCCUCUGGAGCUGGCCCAGGCUGGGAGAUGGAGUUAAUUCCCUCCAGGAGGAUCCGGGGCUGGGAGGAGCUCCCGCGUUCCCGAGGUGCCGGAGGCUCGGACAAUGGGCUUGUGCUUGUGAACGUGCUCAGUUACACCCAGGAGCGUUUCUCCUCCUGGGAUGUGCUUCGGGAAUGGCUGUGGAGAUGCUCCAUGGAGGUGGAACCGGGAAGGGAAGCGGCUGCUGGACUCCAGAGCCAGGCACUGCCGCAAGAUGUGGAUGUGAAGCCCCUCCGGCAGCACAUUCCCACUCAGAACUCCCUGUUUCCCAGCAAAAAGCCUCUUCCAUAGACUCCUAAACCCAAAUCCAGCCGAAGUUCUCCCUGUUCAUCCCAUUUCCCUUCCAUAGGGAGCUGUUGAGCUCCACAAGUCGGCUGCUCGAGCAGGAGCAGCCGCUGGGUGUGAUUCCGAACCCGUCUCUUUCCUGCUGCCUCUAAAGCGCCGGAGCUUUUCCUGCUUCCCAAACGAGCCACUGUUUGUGCCGUUAACGGGAACGUGGGUUUCCAGUGGGAGCAGAUGAACUUUUCCGGGGAGGAGUUUGGGAGCCGUGUUGGUAACGGGGCUCUCACCACGGGCUGCAGCAUUCGCUGCAUCCUCCCAUCCUCACAUCCCUGUAGGCUUUGGUUGCCAGCCUGGAAUCACUCCCAUGCUUGGAAUUCCGCUUGCCAAGGAGUAAUUCCAAGCCUGUUCUGUGUUUGUUUCCCACCCAGGACCUAAACACUGAGCCAUUCCCGGUGCGGGCACAGCGGGAAGUGAAACUGCUCGGACAGUGCUCCGAGCCGUGCCUGAUCGCACGGAAUUCCCAGCUGGAGCAGAGCUGACCGGCCACCGGCUUUUCCAGGGGGGGUUUGGUGCCUCUGAAGGAGUGAAGGGAUUUAACCGGGAGAAUUCCGGGAUUCUUGGCAGCCCCUGAGACCCCUCCGCCUUUCCCAGGGAAGCCUUCCUGACCAGAAGCUCCUGUUCCCGGGAAGAGCCGUGCUUGCAGCUCUGCCACCCCAGCCCCCCUUUGGCCAUCCCAUCCCAGAUCCCUGCUGCUUCCCGCUUGGAUCCGCUGCGCCGGGGCGAGGAUACUGCUGCUGCUGUUGUCAUUCCCCCCUCCCGUGUGCCUGGAGAUGUCUAGGAAGCAAAACACGAGAGAUCCGUCUGGCUUUGUUUUUGAUGUGCAGUCCAACACCGUGCUGGCCCAGGGAGGAACCUUCGAAAACAUGAAGGAGAAGAUCAGCGCCGUGAGAGCCAUCGUCCCCAACAGGAGCAACAACGAGAUCGUGCUCGUGCUGCAGCACUUCGACAACUGCGUGGACAGGACGGUGCAAGCCUUCAUGGAAGGCAACGCCAGUGAAGUGCUGAAGGAAUGGACUGUAACAGGCAAGAAAAAGAACAAGAAGAAGAAACCCAAACCCAAGCCCCAGGCAGAGCCCAGCGGCGGCCUCCCAGAGCCCGGGAAAGCAGCGUCCGGCGGGGAGGAGGCGCCGGGAAGCGCCGGGAAGGGCGGGAUGAACGGAUUCCAUGUCAAUGGCUGCGCCCACGACACCGAGUCCGUGGAUUCGCUCAGCGAGGGGCUGGAUGCGCUCUCCAUUGACGCCAGGGAGCUGGAGGAGUGCGAGUGCCCCGCGGGGCCCCGGCGAGCAGCGGUGCCUGAACUAGAGAAUGGGAUAGCAGACUUUGACACACAAUCGCUCACCCUGCAUCCUUCCCAGAGCCCUUCGUCCCUCCGGCAGCGGCCCGAGCCCAGGAGCACGGGCAGGUCUCUGUCCAGGUCAGCACUGAGCCACUCCACUCCUGCCUCCCUGUCUGCAACGCGCCUCGAGGACGUGCCCGUGUCUCCUGCCAGCAGGAAGCUGGGUUCUAACAUCGAGAAGUCCGUGAAGGAUCUCCAGCGCUGCACCGUGUCGCUGGCGCGGUACCGGGUGGUGGUCAAGGAGGAGAUGGAUGCUUCCAUCAAGAAGAUGAAGCAGGUCUUUGCCGAGCUGCAGAGCAGCCUCAUGGAUCGGGAGGUGGCGUUGCUGGCCGAGAUGGACAAAGUGAAAGCAGAAGCCAUGGAGAUCCUGGGCAGCCGGCAGAGGAAGGCAGAGGCACUGAAGAGGAUGACGGACGUGGCCGUGCGGAUGUCUGAGGAGCAGCUGGUGGAGCUCCGAGCUGACAUCAAGCACUUUGUGAGCGAGCGCAAGUACGACGAGGACCUGGGCCGGGUGGCACGGUUCUCCUGCGACCUGGACGCGCUCAAGAGGAGCAUCGCAGCCUUCGGCCAGGUUUCCCACCCCAAGAACAGUUACUCCACGCGGUCGCGGUGCACCUCGCUCACAGCCGCAGCCCUUGGCAGCCCUGGGGACGCCGCGGCCCCCCCGGCCGCGACCACCGCCACCAGCCCGAGCACGGGCACCAAGAAGCCCCCGGCCGCAGCGGAGGGGCCCGGAGGGGACACCAGCAGCCGCCCCCCGCAGCCGGCGCGAGAGCGCACCAGGAGGCCGGGGACAGGACCCCGACCGCAGCCGCCCCCCGCAGCCCCCCCCCGGCCCCCGGCGGCGCCCCCCCAGCGCCGGCCCCGCGCGCGGCAGGAGGGGGCCCGCGCCUGAGCUGCGGCUCCAGCACCAGGACCCGGCCUCCCCCCUCCUCCUUUGUGCCAUUCCGGGCUCUUUUGCCUCUUUCCCCACCCCCCCAUUUGCUUUGUGUUCCCCCCUCCUCCCCCCCAGCUCCGGCCUCUCCGGCUUUUCCUUCCCCACCUUCAUCCCGUGCUGGCAGCGAGGAUGAGGAGGGUGAGUGCCCCCCCCCCCCCCCCCUUUGCUCAUCCCUGGGUUUUCCAUGUGGGAUCUCUUGGCUUUAAUCGUUCUUUCUUUUUCCCACCCCGUGUCCUCCCUCAGCUCAACUGCAGCAUUAGAGGGGCCGGGUGCUUAAAGCCGCACUGGGGGGGCCCAGAGAGCCUGGGGAGGGGUUUGGAGGGGGACUGGGGGGGGGGUCCCCACCUUUGGCCCCCCCCCCACUUUUCUUUCCUUCUCUUGGACUCCAAAUGUCUUAAUUUGAUGAGAUUAAACCCCUGAACCGCA